AUGUCUAAAGAAUAAGAAUUACAAACUAAAAUUAAAUCUCUUGAAGAAGAUAUUCAAAAUAGGCAUAGAUAAAUUAUAUCUCUAACUGAUAAAGUGGAAGAGUUGUAACGAUCCAUCUCAAACAAUACUCAGGUAUCAAAUUCAAUCCUUAUUUCAGGUAGUUGAACUUGAAGAAAAAGUCAGAAUGCUUGAGUCAUAAAACCUUAAACUAAUAGAAAAGAAUCAAAGUGAUGUUGUUGAAUGGAGGUCCAAAGAAAGGGAUUUCAAUGUAUCUCUAAAAUUAUAUUCUAGAAUCAAAUCCAAACAUUAUAACGAAAAUUGAAUGAGGUUGAAGCUCAACUUAAUGAAGUUAAGGAUCUCAAUUAAUAACUUAUUGCUAAUACUACAUAAAACAAUAAUUCUGAAUCUCAGUUACAAUAAUUAACUAGUCAUUAUGAGCAUCUACUCUAAGAAAAGGAUACAUCACUUAAACUUAAAGAGACUCAGAUUUCUCAACAUGAAUAAAUCAUUCCAUAAUUACAAAAAGAUAAUGAAGAAAAAGAUUAAUAAAUAAAAUCAUUGAAAGAUUAAUUAUCCAUUUAAUCAUAACAAUUAAACCUUUUAACUUAAUAAAAUCUUAAUCUUAAUACUAUUACCGAUGAAGUCAAUAAUUUAAAGCAUCUAAAAGACAAUUUAUUGAAUGAUAAUUAAACACUUCAAUCUUAACUCUAAUAACUAAACUCUACCAAUGCUGAAUUAUCUAAUAAACUCUAAGUUUCUUAAGAUCAUAAUAAUAAUCAAUCAAAUCAAAUAUUGUAAUUAUAAAAUGAAUUGAAAGAUUCCCAAAAAUAAUACAAGGAAGAAAUGACUAAAAUAAUGUAAAUACUUGAAAAGACUAAAGAAAAAGUAUUUCUGUAUUUUACUAUUUACAUAGUCUAUUCAUGAUUAAGAGCUUUUUAAAACCAGGUUAAUAGAAAAAGAUGAUAUACUCAAUGAAGCCAAAAAAUAAUUUGAAUAAGCUACCAAAUAAUUUGAAAAGUAUUUACUCAUUGUAUUUAAAUCAAAGGGAAAAUGCUGCUCUUAAUACACAACUCACUUAAGCAAAUAAGACUCUAAAAGAUUAGACUAAAAAAAUCUCUGAUCUUGAACUGAAAAUUAAAGAAUUAGAAUCCAAAUUAUCAGAAACCAAUAGAUAAUACAUUAAAUCACUUGAACAUUCCAAAUAAUUAGACCUUGAAGUAAAAUUUAUACUUUAAUAUAUAGCUCAAAAAAUCUAUUUAAAAUAGUUCAAAACUUUAAGAAUAAAUGAUAUUCAAAGAUGAAGAAUUACAAAAAUCUAAAUAACUUUAAUUAAGGAUUCUACAAGAUAAUUCUGAUUUAAAAGCUAAAUUAGAAUUAUUGUUAUAAUAAAAUUCAAAAACUAAAUCUAAUGAAUUAUAAACUCUAAAAAAUUUGAUUCUAGAAAAAGAUUAAGAAAUUGAAUUACUUAAAUAAUAAUAAAAAUCUUUAGCAACUUAAUUAAAAACUAGUUAGGGUUAUGCAGCUAGAUUUAAAUAAAGAAAUAAAUAACUAGAAAUGGAGAAUACCGAACUCCUUAAAUCAAAAAAUAAUUUAGAAACUCUUUUUUAAGAAAUUCUUGAUCAAACAAAAUAAAAAUCAAAUGUUAAGAAUUUAUCUGCAGUUUCAAAUAAUCCUACAAAAUAUUAAAUGAGUUUACUUACUUAAAGAAAAAAUUAUAUGCAGGAAAAUACUUCAACUCAUUCAUAAGAUAAUAGAUCAUCAAGUUAAAAAUCAAAUAAUACUACUCCUAAUUAAGUUACAAAAACAGGAGAUGUAUCCUUUAAAAGAGCUAUUCUUGUAAGUGGAAAAAAAAAAGCUGCGCAUUCAGGGUCUUAAGAAAAUGUUAAUUCUAAAUAAUCCAACAAAGCACUCAAUGAAAUUUAAGAAUUAGAUGAAAGUCAGUAAUAAAAUAAACCUUAAUCUUAAGAUUAACAAUAAGCAUAAGAAUAAGAACAAAAUAUAUAAUAAAAUCAAGAACACAAAGAAGAAUAAAUAUUUGAUGAUCAAGAAAACAAUGAUGAAGUUGCAGAUUUUAAUGACGAUUAUAAUGAUCUUAAUUGA